AUGGAAAUGAAUGGUAUCAAAGGCAAGAUGUUUGCAAAGAAGCGUUAUGCGGAGAAAGCUUUGAUGAAGAAAACAAUUGCUAUGCAUGAACAAAAGACCACCAGACGCAAAAUGGAUGAUAAUGUUCAGGAAGGAGUAGUGUCUGCCUACUUACUUGACCGUGAUGCAACAACUCGUGCCAAGGUGAUGAGUAACACAGAAUACAAGUUGGAAACCUUUGCUGGUGUUUACAGAAAAUUUUGUGGGAAGAAUGAGGUGUUUGAGUACCCUUUGUCAGAGGCUAGUUAA